UUGAUGAAAGAAGUUGGUGGUUCUGAUCCCUUCCCUCUGGUCAUUGAGACCCCAACAGAGAUCUAUGAAUAUGUGUCUUCUCUGCUGGACUGGUGGCACGCCGACGGGUACUGCCAACAGCGUUUCGCUCAGUUGCCCUCAGAGAGCCGGACGGAUGAGCUGGUGUCUCUGGGCCAAAACCUGCUCUCCCAUCGGCUCCAAAAUACUAUCUGGUUAAACAAUGAGGAAGUGUUUCAGCGGAAGCCAAAGCAAAGGCGCAUCCACUCAGCCUCAAUCCUGAUGUUCAGAAACAAAACAGACACCAAGUUUGUGAAGGUCUUGGCUGACUUCCCACCAAUGGCAGCUGUGAGUGCUUGUGCCCACGUCCAGUGGGACCCCACGGCCACAGAGAUCUCGACGGUCUUCUCCUAUGCAGUCCCAGCCUUCAUCAACGAAUUCCAGCUCCGGGGCUUUGUCGACGAGGACGGCUUCGUCCGAUUUGCCAUCAUCCUCCACGGACAUCACUCCCCCUACCUGCCGGUCUUCCGCACUGACGGACGCUGGCACCAUUUCUGCGUCACGUGGCAGCAGUCCAACGGCACUUGGGUCCUCUACGCCGACGGGAAGCAGCGGGCCGCAGCAGCUGGGCUUGCACCUUCCCAAGCCAUUGAUGGCCACGGGACGUUCAUCAUUGGGCAAGACCAGGACUCCCUGGGCGGUACUUUCAAGGAGAAAGAAUCCUUCAGUGGGAAUCUCACCGGCCUGGAGGUUUGGAGGAAGGUCCUCAGCCAGGAGCAGGUAGAGAAAGUCCGCUCCUGCGUGUCCAUCAAGGAAGGCCUCAUCUUUGGCUGGAUGAGUGACAUCUUAGAAGUGGAGGCGAGUGUUCAACAGGCCACCGUGCACCUCACCUGUCCAGGCCCCGUGGAAGAAUGCCGUGUUUUUAAAGUCACCCAUGGAAGCCAUGCGUACGGUUCCUGCUCACAGCUGUUGCCCUUCGUCUGUCGCUACAGAAAAGAUCUUUACUUCCAGCUGAAGAAAACCCAGUCAGAACCUGUCCCGCUGUUUAUUGCUCGUGUGAAUGCCCAGGCGAACGUGACAGUGAUUCCCGAGAACAUCUUCCAGGCAGAUGUCCAAGGUGUGAAUAUUUCAGCAGCGGCUGAUUUCCUGGGAGUCGUGGAGAGAGUCCUGUCGGAGGCCGAACCUCCCCCACUGGAUGCCUCCUCUCUCCUGGGGGUCUUCCAGCUUUUGAAAGAGGUGUCAGAUGUGGAGGUGGAAGAACCAGGACAACUGGCCACACUGGAAGAGCUGGGCCAACACUAUGUGGAGAUUACAGGGAGAAUUCUGGAAGAGAAGAAUGCUGAGGACUGGUCUGAGAUCAAGCCGAUCAUCGGGGGACCCAUGACAGUGGUGAAAAAUGUGGACAAGAUGGCUUCCAGCCUCCAUCAGCUCCUGAGCCCAGACAGGUGGAAAGUCACCUUCCGCAGUAAGAACAUUGGGAUCGAGGUGCGACGCGCAGAGCUGGGCACAGAGAGAGCUGGCAGCGGGGCCUCCCUGGUGCUGAGCCAGCAUUGGGACCAGCUGGAUGCGAUCGAGGUCCCGGCUGAGGAAGUGGAGAGGCUGAGAGUGAGAGGUCUGCAUCAGAUCAUCCUCACAAACACUUGGUACAGCUACGGGGCUCUCCAGCGCCUUCUCGCCAGCAGCAGCGCUGUGUUCAAAGAUGCGGCUGUGUCGGACGGAGGCAGGAGGCAUCUGAGCACCCAGGUGGGCACUUCCAUUAUCUCCUCCAGCUUGGUCAGCGACUACGAGGAAGUCAGUACGUCUGUGCAGUACCGCCUCCGGCAUCGGGUUCAGGCUCUACCAGACCAACUUGUAGAACCAGUCUGUGCUUUUUGGAACUUCAGCAGGAGUCCUGAAGGUGCUGGAGGCUGGUCCACCAAAGGCUGCUCGGUGUCUUCCUCCCAGGAGGAACUAACCACCUGUGCCUGUAACCACACCACCAACUUUGCAGUCCUGCUGCAGGUCUACGAAGUGCAGAGGAGCCUGCAGGAAGAGUCCACACUGAAAACCCUGACCUUCGUCGGCUGCGGCGUGUCCUUCUGUGCCUUGAUAGUCACCUUUGUGCUGUUCUUAGCUGUCGGGGUUCCCAAAAGCGAGCGAACCACAGUGCAUAAAAACCUGAUCUUUGCCCUGGCUGCUGCAGAGGCCCUGCUGAUGUUCAGUGAAUUGGCCAAGAUCAAUCAGGGCAUUUGCUUUGCUGUCACAGCCUUUCUGCACCUCUUCUUCAUGGCAGCCUUUGCUUGGAUGUUGGUGGAAGGCCUUCUGCUCUGGAGCAAAGUGGUGGCCGUCAACAUGAGUGAGGAUCGGAGGAUGCGUUUCUACUAUGUGACUGGCUGGGGGCUUCCUGUGGUGAUUGUUGGUGUAACCUUGGCUACUUCGUUCAACAAAUAUGUGGCAGAUAAUCACUGUUGGCUGAAUGUGCAGACAGAGGUCAUCUGGGCUUUCGUUGGGCCUGUCCUCUUUGUCCUAACAGUGAACACCUUCGUGCUGUUCCGGGUGGUGAUGGUGACAGUCUCCAGUGCGCGGCGGCGAUCACGGAUGCUGACCCCCAACAGCAGCCUAGAGAAGCAGAUUGGAGUCCAGAUCUGGGCCACCACCAAGCCCAUCUUAGUGCUGCUACCUGUCCUGGGCCUCACCUGGGUCUGUGGCAUCCUCGUCCACCUCAGCAUCACCUGGGCUUAUAUCUUCAUCCUGCUGAACUCCCUGCAGGGCCUCUACAUAUUCCUGGUCUAUGCAAUCUAUAACAGUGAGGUGCGGAAUGCCAUCCAGAGGAUGAGGGAGAAGAAGAAAGCCCUCUCAUUCACGAACUGCUCCCACCCGAUCAAUUAUCUUUCAAGCCCCAGGAACACAUCCUGGGAAAUGGCCAGAUUCAACCCAACCACGCCAGAAAACACAACCUGUUCCACCGAGAAGGACACCGCAGCCAAGAGCAAAGGGAACUUCAGUGCCAAAAUCCCACGGAGUGUUUCAUCAGUUAUGUCACCAGAGAAACCGGCUGUACAACUGACUGCAUUCAAAUCAUCAGGCUUAUGAGUGGAGCUGUCCCAGGCGACGUGUCUCCAUCCCGUGAAUGUUGACGGCUGGAAACCCAGGAGAUGGAAGGGCGGAGGGCCUCGCCCGCCCGGUUCUUCUCCAGCCUCUUCCAGAUCUGGCCCUGAAGAUAGAAUUUACUAACCAAGAUGCCUUCUCACGACUUCCCACUUCCCACUCUGCCUCUUUCCCCUGCCAUGGAUUGUGGGUUACUUGGGUCUUUGUGGGGAGGGGGUACUGAUUCCUAGAAUGGCAAGCUUGGUAGGAGAGCAGCUGUUCCCCCCUUCCUCCCUGUGACUCGCUUGGAGCUUCUGCCUAGAAGCCAAGGAGAACAGACAGAAGACCGGGCUACGCGACAAGCCGCCUUAACUGUGCACCACUACUUUGAUCUGUUACGCUGGAAUAAAUGAAACACAGCCACAAUGAAUGCUAUCCAGUCACCCCAAAGGACAGUGCUGAGUAGAGGACCAGCCUGGUGGGUGACAGCUCUUCAUUAUAACUUCCUUUCCUCCUCAACUUCUUCUGAUGUGGCUGGUCACCAACCUUAGGCAGUCCUUCAGACGAGCCUUCUGCUGUAGCUGCCCCCAGAAGGGAGGUCUGGAAGCCAUCUCCUGCCUGCCAAGAAGGCUGAUCAGCUUUCUGUCUCCCCAUUUUUUCAUCACUGCCCCCAAACUGCCACGCCAACGAUCUCUGCAAUGGCUUUUCCCAACCAGCCGCCCCCCAAGAAGCCUUCAGAGAUGCCAUCUCCACCCUGUUUUCAGCAGGAAGCAGCGAGGGACGUCAAGCUGGGACAGAUGAGGUCAAAGAGGGCUGGUGAGAAGGUGCCGAUGGGGGCUUCCAAUCACACCAUCCUCAGCAUGAGAAAAUGGCCAUGGGUGCUAAUGGAAGCCUUUUGACUGGCCCGUUUUCAGCAUGAAAAAGCUUCCAUGGGCACCGAUGGAACAUUUUCCGUGCACUAUUUUUGUUAUGAUUAGGAAGCUUUUGGGCACCCUUGAGAGUUUUCUCCUCUCCCAGUUUUCAGCAGGACAGUGACUUUGUGGGUGCCAGCUAUAUUUGGAUAGCGCUUGUUGAAAGAUUCCUAUUUUUCAUCCCAUCUCAUUCUGGAUGCAACGCUUGGAUGUCUCUAUGCGUGUCCUCCCUGCAACGUUUGCUCCAAGUUUUGGAAUGGCUGAUCUCCUUCGAGUUCAAGACGGUUCGAAAGAAUGUUUUGAAGAGGCAUAAAGGCAAAGGUACAGACAAGCAUUAUGGGCAUUGUCAUCCAGAGAUAGCAACAUUUGGGGAAAGGUGGCUUGUAACUCUUGGAUGUACGUGCACUUCAUAGACGUUCAUUAUUUUAAGAAUUCGGUCAACGGGGUUGGGGGGAAAGUGACUGUUUCAAUGUUUAAAGUAACUCCUAGAGUUGUUUCUUUUACGAAAACAGGAUAACGGGACCUUUGUUGUCGCUGCCGAGUAUCAAAAUUUGGCUACAUAUUUUGAAACCCAAGCAGU